AAAUAUCUGAGUUAUAAAUUUUUAUCUGUCAGUGCAAGCAAAAAUAAAAAGAAUAUACGAAAAACGUGAAAAUGACUACAGACAGGGACGAUGAAUAUAGCAAAUUUGUGCCGAUUAAACAACAAUUUGAGAUUGUGCCGUAUAAAGAUAAGGAGCACUAUCAGUGUAGUUCACUAUCAGUGGCAUCGGACAAUAGUUGUGAACGAGCGUCACGGCGUGGAACAUUUCAUCAGAUAAUUGCAACGUGUGCCGUACUGUUACUCGCAGCUGCUUGUGGAAUGCCCAUUGGUUACUCGUCGGUGCUGCUGCCUCAGUUAAGUGUUACUAACAAUACCAACGAACACUCUGAGAUUCCUAUUAAUAUUGCAAUGGGCUCAUGGAUUGCAAGCAUACACAGUUUAGCCACACCCAUGGGUUCAAUAAUAUCGGGACCGUUAGCUGACAGUAUUGGACGUCGAACUACCUUGUUGAUUUCGAUAGUACCAAUGUGUAUUGGCUGGUGUACAAUCGCUAAUUCACAAACUUUUUUUAUGAUUAUCGUAGGACGAUUCCUCUGCGGUUUUGCUGUUGGUAUUUUGGGAGGACCCGGACAGGUUUAUAUUGCUGAGACAACUGAACCGAAUCUACGCGGGUUACUAAUAGGUGCACCAUUUGUAGCCUAUUCGCUUGGCAUAUGUGUUGUCUAUACUUUGGGUUCAUCUUUUAAUUGGCGUACAGUGGCUUGGUGCGGAAACAUCUUACCUAUUCUAGCAUCGUUAGCCAUUUUUUGUAUACCGGAAACUCCAAAUUGGCUUUUGCGUCACAAAAAAGUGGAGAGUGCACUUAGAUCACUAUCAUUCCUGAGGGGAAAUGAGAUUGUAGCUCAAAAAGAGCUCAAUGAUAUGGUGAAACGUCUGGACCAGGAACUUGCCACAACAAAAACUAAUGAGAAUAUCUUUGAGCUGUGCUGUCAACGCGUAGCAAUCAAGCCUCUAAUAAUUGUCAUUACAUUAUCUCUCUUACAAAUGUUUUCCGGUACUUUUAUUGUUGUUUUCUAUGCAAUUGACAUCAUAUCGGAGUUUGGUGGUAAUUUCGAUACAAAAUUUGCAGCGAUAUGGACGGGUAUAGUACGUAUGGUCUGCACUAUUAUAUUCUGCGUAAUUUUAUUGUUUGUGCGCCGACGUCGUAUACUUGUGCUAGCAGGUAUUGGCUCGGGUCUGAGUUGCAUUGUGCUUAGCAUUUAUUUGUAUACACGUAAUUUUUCCAGUGAACCGAAGAGUCAUGCUGAUGUUAUGAUGGCCGCAAUAUGCCUUCUUUUAUAUAUAGCAUUUAAUACGCCAAUUAUGGUUAUGCCCGGCAUUAUGGUUGGAGAGCUGUUUCCUGCAAGAAUACGUGGGCGAACUGCUGGCACAGUUUUUGCUGCUAUGAAUGUAGCAUUAUUCGGUUUUACUAAAGCUUUUCCAUAUAUACAAAUUGCAAUUAAAAUGCGUGGUGUAUUUAUGAUAUUCGCCAUUUCCAGUUUUUUAGUGUCCAUAGUUAUGUUCAUGUUCCAGCCAGAAACAAAGGGACGAACAUUAGAACAAGUUGAAGACUACUUCAGGGAAGACAAUUGGUUGUGGCAUAAACGUGAUAAGAGCUAUAAACAAGUUCCGAAUAGUAAGACCUCAACUGAAGCCUGAAGUGGUGAAUCAAAGACAUAUAGUAAUGUUCCAUACAAAUAAUGUGGAAAUUUGUUUCUGCACGAGUAAUGACUUACACAGAAUCCGAUGUCCUAAUGGAAUGAAAUUUAUAUAAAAAAUAACACAGUUUUGAUUGUUUUUAAUGUAUUAUUUUAAAAAGCAACUAGUGAUCCAGAGAGCAACAGAUUUAAAGUAACACAUUGAAUUGAUCUUCAAGAUUGUAGUAAACUUUGAUUCAGCGAGAGUGGAAAGAGUACUCGUUUAACGAGUACUAGAAAAGCAGUUUGAAGUCCACACAUAUAAAUAACCACCAAUUUAUAUAUAAAAGCCUUAUUGUUGGUUUUUUAAUCAAUAUUGAAAUCUAUAUCAACUCUUACUUAUUUUCAUUCUUUCAACUUAAGGAUUAUACUUUUGUUAAUCAAAUCUUAAUAAUGUGAUUUUUUUUAAAUAUUAUCUAUUUUAAGUAUAUAAUAGUGUAAAUAAAUUUCAUAUAUAUGUAACUUAGUUUUUCAUAUUUUUAAGUUCUUGUAUCUAAGAAUAAAGAACAUCCACAGUGAUCCCCUUAAAAUGUAAGGGAAUAAGAAAACGAAAGCUAAAGCAAGAUUCACAUUAUCAAAACUUGUCUUGCUAGAUUGACAAAGUUUUUACUUCAUAUAUUCGUUUUAUAUUUUUAAGUUUGUAGUUUAUUUAAUA